GUACCUGCACGCGCGUGUGAGGCGUUCAGGUGAGUCUAUCUCAGUCCCCGGACAAGUCUCUCAGACACGGUAGAGGAGACACGUGCGUUAAUGGGAACCUAUCUGUGCAGUAUUGCUUGCCUUCUGAUCCAAAGAACUGUUGUGGAGGCCUUACUUUACGAGUCAACAAACCUCUCCAACAACAUGCCUGGCAAGAGACGGUCUAAGAAGAAGGAAGUUGAUGAGGAUGAGAAUUGCAGUCAGGACGAUGGUAUGGCUUUAUCAAGGAGGUCGCUAAGUAAACGACAGAGAAAAAUUGUUUCCUACAGUGAAGACAGUCCAAAGACAACAAAGGCACCAAAAGUAACAAAGAAGAAUAUCCUCAAAGAUUCCAAUGAUAACGAAAUACCUCAGGAACAUUCAAAGUUAUCGAAGAAAUCAAAACUAAAAUCAGAAAAGACAAAACUAACAGACAUCAAAGUAGUACCGAUUAAAACAGAAGCAAAAGAGACGAAAGUAAGGAAGACUAAAGGUACAAUUGGAAGAGGAAAAAAGAAAUACAAUCAAAUUGGUGAUGAAAAGAAACUACUUGGCGGUGCAUGUGAUGGAGUCUGUAAUGGCGCAGCUGCAAACAGCAUCGACAAGUCUGCAAAAGAUGUACAGUCUGAGGAUGUAUCAGUGACAUGCGGUCAAGGUCAGGACUCAAUCUCACAGUCCCAGGAUGUAUCAGUGACAUGCGGUCAAGGUCAGGACUCAAUCUCACAGUCCCAUGAUGCAUCAGUGACAUGCGGUCAAGGGCAGGACUCAAUCUCACAGUCCCAGGAUGCUACGUUUACUGUGGGGUCACCGUCUGCACAGGAUGAUCCCGAUCUACAUUUCGAGGACAAACAUCCCUCAUGUGCCACAUCGGAAGCUACACUGGACACUAACACCACUGAACCAAAGGAAGAUACAGCAAAAACAUACGUCAAACAGAGGGAGACACAGAACACAAGUUUCUCAGGGGAGGCCAAACAGAGGGACACACAGAACACAAGUUUCUCAGAGGAGGCCAAACAGAGGGACACACAAAACACAAGUGUCUCACAGGAGGACAAACCGAGGGAGACACAGAACACAAGUUUCUCAGAGGAGGACAAACCGAGGGACACACAGAACACAAGUUUCUCAGAGGAGGCCAAACAGAGGGAGACACAGAACACAAGUUUCUCAGAGGAGGCCAAACAGAGGGACACACAGAACACAAGUUUCUCAGAGGAGGACAAACAGAGGGACACACAGAACACAAGUUUCUCAGAGGAGGACAAACAGAGGGAGACACAGAACACAAGUUUCUCAGAGGAGGACAAACCGAGGGACACACAGAACACUAGUGUCUUACAGGAGGACAAACAGAAUGCGAAAGUUAUACAAGAAAACACGGAUAACAAAGUUACACAAGCAAAAACUCUGUCACGACGUGACUCACUAACCAAGAACAGGGUGUUAAUGGAUAAUGUUGAUACCAUGGCCGAGAAAGUUGCUCAGAAACUUGCAUCUCAACAAAAUGAGCAUCUUCGACCUAUUCUUGACAGAAUGGACGACAUCAUGAAGGUGAUGGCCGAACUACGAAACAAGGAACCGAGACAAAUGGACGGUCAUGUAGAGGCUAUCAGGCCUGACAGAUCACGUGUAGAGGGGGAAUCAACAGAUGUCUCACUCCCAUCCACAGAGUGUUUCGAUUCUGCCGUCCAAACUAUGUUUGUGCCCCAUGUAGAUGUCCAUGUCCAAACCACAGAGAAAUACCAGAUGGAUACAUCUCAGAGUGAACUCAUCAGUGCUCAGAAUGAACGAGACAUUCUGUGGGAGAAGUGUCAGAGUCAGACGAAGGUGAUCCGAGACCUACAGAAUGACCUUUACAAGACACGAAAUGAAUUCAAUAAAGACAAGCUCACAUACCAGGUUGCCCUGGUGUCUGUUCUGACUACGCCCUCAGAUGCUUCACAAUACAGUAGAAUUGUGACCAGACUUUCACGAGAAGACCUGAACCUUGAUGAACUCUGUAAACUGGUGUUGGAAACAAGAACAUGUCAUCCCAGAGAUCCUUUACUUCCAACAUGCCCCCAGCAAGAGAUUGAUGACACCCCUCUCACCAAGCAUCAGGAGCCUGCUAAACUAGCCGAAGUGAAACUAGAGCCUCAAAGUCCUCGUUAGAAUUGAUGUGGAAAUCGUACGAGCCAGACUGGUCUGUCAGAGACAAAAACAGAAAACCAUGAAGCUACAGAGCACCAACCCCAGCACUUCUUCCCCAGCCAUGUUAAUUAAAUAGUCAUUGGAGUUUUUGUAAUAAAAAUAUCGAAAAGUUA